GAUGCAAGUAGACGAGCCAAGCUCGGUGAACGCGUCGCUUUCAACAGCGGGGGGGGACCUGAGUGAAGAGGGCUUCAACUUAUCAGAGCUUCCCAUCUUCCAUCUUGAAGACGAACUAGCGACUACUCUCUUCGCUGCCUUCGAGCAUGGCAACAGGCGAAGGCGAGAUGGAAGGGGAUCAGGGCCGCCGUGUCUCCUCCACCCAGGACGACAACACAUUGGUUUACCUGCCUGCGAGUUCCGAAGACGGUAGAUCCAGCCCUUCCUCGACGAAAUGGGAUAGUGAAACCCAGUCGAGCGCCGUUAUCACAUCUGAUUCUGGCGCUCCCUUCUGGCUCACCGAGGAGUUCAUCGAGGACAUCUCCAACUACCAGAAAGCUCACUCGAGGGGAGUAUCGAUGGCCUCAAGCAAGACCCUCAUCACCGACCGGAGCGAUAUGGCCAGCCUGGUUCAUCCUCCCAUGCCGACUCGGGCACCGCGUACCAACACGUCGGAUCCCGACCGCUACUCGUUGCUGGCUGACCUGCUCAUCGACGCGGCCCCCCAUCUCCGACACCUAGCAAUCAUAGGAACCGCGGAGUCGCCCUUCGGAGACGCCCUCGUCCCUCCGCGCCGCCUAGGUACUCCUGUCUCGGAGCAGCGCCACCCCGGGAAGCCCGGCAUCAAGAUAAGCAAGUCCUCGCAGCCGUACGAGCCAGAGAUCAGCGAGGAUUCCGGCGAGAGCAGCCGGGAGUCCUCUAUAAACUCUAGAGCCGGCGGCACCGACGGUGAGCUCCUGAAAGGGCUCCCCUUGAUCCUGCUCAUCAUCGGCCUCUCCCUGGUCGUUUUCUUAAUCUCUAUCGAUCGCACAAUCAUUACUACCGCUAUUCCUUUUAUCACCAGCGAAUUCAAAUCCACGGCAGACAUCGGAUGGUAUGGCUCGUCAUACCUCCUCACGGCAUGCGCCUUCCAGCCCGUCUUCGGACGGGUCUACACGCUCUUUAACACCAAAUGGUCCUAUCUCCUUUCUAUGUUAUUUUUUGAAUUGGGUUCCUUAAUCAGCGGCUUUGCGCCAUCCUCGGUGGCCCUCAUCAUCGGGCGCGCCAUCGCCGGCUUCGGCAGCGCUGGCAUCCUGACCGGCAGUUUCGUUAUCGUGGCCACGGCCGUGCCCCUCGCAGCCAGGCCUAUUUACACAGCGGUGGUCGGGUUAAUGUUUGGAGUCGGGGCCACCGUCGGACCUCUGAUGGGUGGUGUCUUCACGGACUUGAUCACAUGGAGGUGGUGCUUCUGGAUCAACCUCCCGGUAGGAGCUGCGACGAUGGUCGUUAUGGUGCUCGUAUACCACCCAAGGCCUCGAGCCAGGCACCAGCGGACGGUCUUUUCUCGCCUCAUCGAUCUUGAUCUAGUCGGUAACAUCAUCUUGCUCUCCAGCGCGGUGAUGUUGUUCCUAGCCCUGGAGUAUACGCUCACCGGGGCCGCGUGGUCAAGCGCGAGUGUUAUCGGUCUCCUCUGCGGCGCUGGCGUCACCACUAUGGUGUUAGUAGUCUGGCUGUGGUGGAAGAAGGACAGUGCUCUGAUUCCGCCGGCCAUCAUCAAGCAGAGGACGGUCGCAGCAUCUUGCCUCAUGGCAUUUUUCACAUAUGGAGCUCUGCUCAUACACACUUAUUUCCUUCCUCUCUGGUUUCAGGCCAUCCUCGAUUUCAGCGCUAUAAAGUCAGGAGUCGCCAUGAUUCCCUACUUCGUGGCUAACGCCCUCUUCUCUGUUAUAUCUGGCGUGUUUGUUUCGGCCGUCGGCUACUUCACGCCGCCUGCUAUCAUCGGUAGCGCGAUCGGUACUGUCGGUUGCGGUAUCGUUAGCCUGUUCCACCCGGGCAUGAGUACGGCGAUGUGGAUCGGGUUUGAGAUUCUCGCGGCGGCUGGCUUCGGCAUGUCGAUCCAGCAGGGUUUCACAGCAGUGCAGACUGUCCUGCCCAAGGACCAGCUAGCCGUCGGAACUGCGGCUGUCGUCGCCUCACAGUCCCUGGGGGGCGCCGUGUUCAUCUCCGUCGGUAACAGCGUCUUCCAGAACCGGCUCCUAGCGCUCAUUCAGCACGCGAACAUUCAAGAUGUCGACGUUGAGACAAUCAUCGAAGCGGGCGCCGUCGCGUUCCGAAAGGUUGUACCAGCUGAAGACGUGCCGGCGCUCCUAGCGCAGUAUCACGCCGCUCUGCAUACCGUAUUAAUCGUUUCGAUCCCUCUCGGAGGGCUGGCGUUUCUCUCUUGCUGCUUCCUUCAGUGGAAGUCUGUCAAAAAGGCACCAAUAGAGCCUCUUGGUCCUCCCAGCCCUGCUAGGGACACCGAGAAAGCGAGAUCGGUAGAAGACCGGGUCUGAAAGAAUGUCAUAGCAUAAGAGGAGUUGUAUCCCACUCCCACGUUGUAUUUCUAUAAUUCGCAUUGCAUCAUAUGGUGUUGGUAGUUCAAUUUUUUAAUAUCCUUCCCAUGUUGAGGGUUAAGAUUCUGGAUUGUGUCGUAAGGAAUUGGGGAGUCAGCAUGACUAGACUGCCAACCCGAUCAGCCUCCCCUAUCCAUUUAAAGGGGUUCACCGCCCCGCCCUGAUGAUGCCUUUUUAGAUGCCACCAACAAGAAUGUUGAAUUGUACGCCCUGCCCCCUCUCUUCUUGUAGCAUCCAAGCCGUCAACUUGAUAUAACAGUAUUAAUUGUUGGUAUGGUUGUUCUGAUGAACUUUGCCAAUAGUGUAAUAUUUAGGGCAACAUUUCGAGCUCUUGCUAGUCAGAAUCUCUUUAGCUCAGUUAUGCCACGAAGCGAGAAGAUACAC